CCUCGAUGGGCUUCCUGGAAUAUUGGUGUGUUUAUCUGUAUCAGAUGUGCUGGAAUUCAUAGAAAUCUUGGGGUUCAUAUAUCCAGGGUCAAAUCAGUCAACCUAGACCAAUGGACACCAGAACAAAUACAGCAGCUGAAAUCCAAAAGAUCUUGAAACCAGUCCUGAAAGGCUUGCUCCUAUGCAAGAAAUCCUGGUGGCUUUUGAGAGGAAGAUAGAGAACUAUUCUGGAAAUUUCAAGUGGUAGUAGAGUGCAUGCAAGAUAUGGGAAACACUAAAGCAAGACUACUCUAUGAAGCCAAUCUUCCAGAGAACUUUCGAAGGCCACAGACAGAUCAAGCAGUGGAGUUUUUCAUCAGAGAUAAAUAUGAGAAGAAGAAAUACUACGAUAAGAAUGCCAUAGCUAUGACAAAUAUGUCCUCCUCUGAUGCUCCUCUUCAGCCUUUGGUAUCCUCUCCUUCUCUGCAAGCUGCUGCCGAGAAAAACAAAUUAGAGAAAGAAAAGGAAAAGAAAAAGGAAGAGAAAAAGCGAGAAAAGGAGCCAGAAAAGCCUGCAAAACCACUUAUAACUGAAAAGCUACAGAAGAAAGAAGAUCAGCAAUUGGAACCUAAAAAAAGUACCAGCCCUAAAAAAGCUGCAGAACCUACUGUUGAUCUUUUAGGACUUGAUGGCCCUUCAGAAGCACCAGUGACCAAUGGGAACACAACCACAGCGCCAGCCCUGAGCGAUGAUCUGGACAUCUUUGGACCAAUGAUUUCUAAUCCCUUACCUGCAACUGUCAUGCCCCCAGCUCAGGGGACAUCCUCUGUAUCUGCAGCCACCACCCUAUCUACAGUAACAUCGGGGGAUCUGGAUCUUUUCACUGAACAAACUACAAAGUCAGAAGAAGUGGCAAAGAAACAACUCUCCAAAGACUCCAUCUUAUCUCUGUAUGGUACAGGAACCAUUCAGCAGCAGAGUACGCCUGGUGUCUUUAUGGGACCCACAAAUAUACCAUUUACCUCACAAGCACCAACUGCAUUUCAAGGUUUUCCAUCAAUGGGGGUACCCGUGCCUGCAGCUCCUGGCCUUAUCGGAAACGUGAUGGGACAAAAUGCAAGCAUGAUGGUGGGCAUGCCCAUGCCCAAUGGGUUUAUGGGAAAUGCACAAACUGGUGUGAUGCCACUUCCUCAAAAUGUUGUUGGCCCCCAGGGAGGAAUGGUUGGACAGAUGGGUGCACCCCAAAGUAAGUUUGGCUUGCCACAAGCUCAACAGCCCCAGUGGAACCUCUCACAGAUGAAUCAGCAGAUGGCUGGUAUGAGCAUCAACAGUACAAACCCUGCAGCGGGGUUCGGCCAGCCCCCCACCACAGCAGCAGGUUGGUCUGGAAGCUCAUCGGGUCAGACUCUCAGCACACAACUGUGGAAGUGAAAACUGCAACACAAGUUUCAUCCAGAACUACCACCCGACAUUCCUUGCUAAAACGCAUCCAGUUCCCGUUUACUCAUGUACAUACGUCAUUUUUCUUUUUCCCCAUUUAUUCACAUUAAGAAUUAUCUGAUUGACCAUUGUUGGUCCGUACUGAUUAAAUUUUGAUGUGGUGAAAAGCAGGUUGAGGACAUUUAUGUCAAAGGCAGCUUUGCUCGUUUUCCCAUGGUUUCACAUACCAUUUGAGAAGCUGCUCAAGUCAACUUGCAUAAUCAGUUUUAUGCUCAAUAAAAUUAUAGCUCUAAUGUUUGCAUAUAAGGGAAGUAGUUAUCAUGUUAGUAAUACCUCUAACAGUAUGAACCCCACCCCCAAAUUAGCCAGUAAUCCUGUAGGAAGGUACUGUAUGAUCAAAUGUUUAAUCAUAUAAAUAGAAUGUAAAUGUAUCACUGAGCACUGUUUUCUAGUGAUCAAAAUCCUUUUAUUUCAUCAUUCACUUCACUGUGCUGUUGUUAUGAUGUGCUUAACAGGGAAUGUGGUUAGUGAAAGGAAGAUAAACCUGGAUGUCACUACAAAACUUUAAUGAAUGCUUAAAAAAACUCCAAUUUUAUCUGCUUCUCUUGUAAUUUGGCUCUCUCCUUAUGGACAUAGUGCUCACACAAAGACCUUUUUCUGCACUAUAUGCAAACAGGGUAACUAAAACAAAGCCACUUUCGAUCCUUGAAGGAAUAUCCAGGUUUAUGACAGUAAUUGUGUUUACAUUUUAUGGUGCCUAGUAUUGACAAAAUGUUAUUUCCCUAUAUUAAACAGAUGACUCCACAGA